AUGGGGAAGUUGUUCGGCAGCUUGUUCCAGAAGCCAGGCGACACUGUGGGAACCCAGGAGCCGCGUGCAUCUACCUCCACCAAGAGUGCCAGGAUGCGGGAUCCUACAAACGCCAUUCGCUCAUCAGGUCUCGCCCCCUCGGCCGCAGUCUCCGCCGCCACCGCCAACGCCAACAGCAACGACGGUGCCUGUGACUCGAGCGCCCAUGCCCACUUCGCCGCCGCCGUUGCUGAUAACCCUGACUCUCCAGGGUCGCUCAUCAACUCGGGCUCAAGCUCGCUGACGCAGUCGCCGUCGCCCCAGCCCGAGACCCCUACCACGGGCCAUUUUCUGCCUGGCGCUCACGCUAACUUUGCUUCUAAAUCCGUUGUUCCAGCCGCUGCCUCGGUGCUGUCGAGUACUAUUACUACCGCUAAAGCUGCUGCCCCCCAACUCUCCAUCGGCGACUUUGAUCCUUGUAUUCACACCAACACUUCCUUCGACCUCACCGAAGAGUUCCAAAUCGCUGAUACUAACCCUCACAUCAGCAAUCGCGACAUUGCCAUUCAGCCAUUCGACUAUACACUUCCUGAGGACACCGAAAUCACCAUGACUACCGGGCCAUCCCUCGACCCUUCUAUGGGCCGCCGGGACUCAUUUGUCAGCGCUGGCCCUAAGCCCAUAUCGAUGAACAAUCCCAACCGUGGUGAUAAUGCGAACCGCAAUAGAAGAGAGUCCCUUGCUGGCAGCCUUAUGGGAGGUGGCAUGAGCUGGGGAGGCAUGUCUUUUGGUAGUUUUGUUAGAGACGAUAUUAUGAUGGCAGGCACAUCGCCUUUCGGAACUCACCAGUCUCCUUCCUUUCACUCGUCUUCCUAUCUCCCUAAGUUGGAGGCCAACUUCAUGCGAGAUUUCACCUGCUGCGGAAAGAUCCUGCCUAAUCUCCACGACUUGCUGCAACAUUACGAGGAAGCCCACACGCAACCCAGCCCGAACACAGCCCGAAAUAAUGCCUUUUCUCAAUUUUCUCAGUUGGGGCUGCCUAACGCCCCUCGGAUGUCGAUGUCUCGAUCCGGGUCGGCCGCGCCAGGCGGCAGUUCCCUUGCAACGAACCAACUUGGACAACAUAACCGCGGCCAACAGACGCCCCAUGAUGCUCAUGGAGGCUCUGCAAUUGCGUCAAAUCUGAAUGAUGAGAUGGAUGCUGUUGCAGAUAUGGAAAUGGACGAUGCUGUUGGCACAAUGGAGAUGGACGAUAGCCAGCGAAUGACCCAAACGAGACAACUCUUCGGUCAGCAGCAGAGGCCCGAGCUGAACAUGAACACCUCUGGUCUUACGCAGGGCCUACGGACCUCUCAGCCACCCACUCCCGCUGCCGCCAGCUUUGGCCUCCAGAACAACCCCACAGUCUCGUCCGUCAACACACCUACUCUUACGACCCAAGGACAAGUACCACAUACCCAGCAAGUCGAUAUGGAGGAAGACCUACCAGGUAUGCCUAUGGGUGGCAACACAAACGAUAUUGGCGAUAUGAGCUUUGGCGGAAACCAGAACAAUAGUGAUUCGAACUUUUGCAUAAACGAUCCUGGGAAACAUCUUUUCAGCUCCACUGGUGCUUUCCCUGCUGCCAACCGUUCCAUCCAGGCACAACUGCAACAGCUGGGCAUUAACCAAGCCCAGUUGAACGAUCCACAGGCCAAUAAGAUUCUUAUGCAGCGUUUACAGAGCAUGAUGAUGCCUGAAGAGCACAAACCGUUCAAAUGUCCAGUUAUUGGCUGCGAAAAGGCAUACAAAAACCAGAACGGUUUGAAAUACCACAAAACUCAUGGCCAUCAAACCCAACAACUUCACGAGAAUGGAGACGGUACCUUUUCUAUUGUCAACCCAGAGACUAGUGCCCCUUACCCCGGAACAUUGGGAAUGGAGAAGGAGAAGCCUUUUAGCUGUGAAACAUGCGGCAAACGAUACAAAAACUUGAAUGGACUGAAAUACCAUAAGGCUCAUUCCCUUCCCUGCAAUCCUGACUUCAAGCUUCAGGCUCUUGCAGCAGGCAUGAACUUACCGGGAAUAGGAGAAGAUCAAAUGAUGCAAUAG